AUGAAAGUAAACGUCAUAUCAGAAACUGGGAUAAUUCUCAGCGAAUUUGAUGUUAUAGAUGGGAAUCUUGACUACGUAUAUUUGGUUACAGUAAUUCAGGAAAAUUUCCCUCAUGCGCAGAAUUACUUCCUUCAAUGGAAAGAUAUGGAUGGAGAUUUCAUUACGUUUUCAUCCCAGGAGGAGCUUAAUGAAGCAGUUUCCUUUAGAGCAGAGGAGGACCUCAAUAUCUAUAUUCAAGAAACCUCCGAUAAGAUAAGCAGUACAGAUGAAGAAAGUGAAUUCAUAGAAGACAGCUUGCAACAGGACAUUGUUCAUCGGCGUCAUCCCCAUCGGAUCAUAGGAAAAUGUCGGAAAAGUAGGAAAGCGAUGGUUGAGAAAUCUCCAGACAGUUUUCCGAAUUUCUUUUCAGUUUCCAAAAUACCAUGCAAAAUCAAGAGACGCCUGAAAAGAUGUGACAGGAAGCGACUACGACGUCAUGGGAUUCGAGGAGCCAAGUGCUACCCGCGUCAGAAGCGAGAAUGCAGGCGACGGAAACAGCGGGACGAGGACCUGAAAACGCUCGCCAGCUUGUCCAUAUCUGAUGAUCCAUAAAUACUGUUCAUCUAAACUUUGUGAUCAGGAAUUUUGAUCCAGUUUUUCAAACAUUUGAAGGAAAAAUUUUAAAGACCAGCAUAAACAAUUUAUUGUCACCACCAGCAUAUAUUUUGAUCGCCUUAUGUUAUUAUUACAUUUUAUGUACAUCUACUAGAAAACCAUGCGCGGAUCUAGAGGGGGGGGGUCCGGACCCCCCCCCCCCCUCCCCCUGGAAUUUGCAAAGAUAAAAAAAAUUACAAUAUAACGAUUCAUAAGAAAAA